UUAAUGAAAUAAACAAUAUGAAGACAUCGUAUUUAACAGCACUAUUUUUUUUAACAGCGGUAGAAUCCAUUCAACGAUCGCAAACUUCAAUCGAGACAAAAAAUGUGACAUCCACAAUUGAGUUAAAAGUUCUUAACAAACCACACCAUUUAUUUGUCGGACGAUGCAAACCCACACACAGGGUGUUGCACCAGGAAAAUAUAAUUUUAUUGAACGACGGAAAAAGUCAAAUAUUAGCUGCUAUAAGGACAAAUGUUGAAGGUCCUGUGAAAAUAACAUGCGUAAAAAUACAUGACGAAAUUCCAAAUGGAAAUGGUGGUUACCCCAGUUUUAUUAGCGGAGGUGUAGGUUUUGACUACAUUGAAUUUAAUGUAGUCACGGAAUACGGAAAAGGUUUUCACUUUUUCGUGCAAAUAUACGGUUUAACUAUCGAGGAAUACAAGAAGGAAGAAAGCACUACCACUACAACAAGUACUACAAGUACUACAACGACUACGACAACUACCACUACAACCACUACAACUCCGAAACCUACAAGGAGUACUACAGCGCCGAAGGUAUUGUACACCCUACCAAACGAUCUAAUUUUCGGUAAUAUGUACAGAUUGUUUACGCUAAGCACGCUGAUAUUAGUAAGUGUUUGUUCACCGAAACGACCAAGAAUAUACAACGUGCUUAUUAGUACCAAGAAAAAUCUAUCGCCUAGUCAUGCAAUUCCCGUUUACGAACCAGUAUUAAGAACCACAUCCGUAGGGGUUGCAUUUCCACCAUUAGUUUACCAUAACGCGCCCAUACAACCAAAUAUUCAAAUCCCAGUGCUUCAUGGAGGCCCAGUGAUACAGGAAGUGCAAAAAAGUCCAGUGAAUUUAAAUCAAAAUGUUCCGGCAAACGUGCAGUCCUUGCCGGUUGAAUAUUACAGAUACACGUCUCCUUACAUUCAACCGUAUUACCAACAACAAAAUCAACGGGACAUAAAAAGCGAGCCGAGUUACCCCUUAAGGGGGGAAAAUAGAAAUAUCGAGGAAAAUGUGGAGCCGAAUAGAAAUUUUGGGAAAUAUUACGAAAAUGUGAACGAUCCGAAACGAAUAAUAGCGAAUUUAAAGAAAACUCCUGAUAUACCGGAUGUUCCGCCACCUGCAUUACCUGUUAAAAAUUUAUAG